CCAGUGGUCGUGACACUAGUCUAAGGUUAUUGUGCAGAGAUUUAAUCAGUUCAUAGAAAAAUAAAAGCGUCAUGGUCUGUUCAUUCUUUAUUGAUAAAUCAGGGUUGUUAUGGUGAAUCAAGUCCCCGUUAUAUUGCUGCUAAGUAUAAAACAACCUUUAAAAGUGGUUUGUUGCAUUAUAGACCGAGUCCUUGUUUAUAUUUCGUAUGCACGUUAUAUUUUUUAUAUUUUUAAACUUUGAAAAACCCCUGCAUUAGCGACUUUACAUGGCAUGCUGCCAAAAACAUGUCACAGGAAAUUAAUCUGUCAAUUAUUUUGUUGAUUAAUCGUUGAAUUGGAUUGGACUGGACUGGAAUUGGAUCCCUAUAUUAAAAAAACACCACAUCAUUUCAAAUUGACAGUGAAGAAAAUAUAAAAACUUAAUAUAAUAACGAUUCAGUUGCUGGUGUCACGACUCGCUCCCUGUCAAUCCAUUAUGUGUGGGUUGUCAUUAUUUCUGUCAGUGUCUGUGUGCUCGCCCCUCCCUUCCUGUGUCUACUCUCAAUCUAUGUACUAAUCACAGUCACCUACCGCUCGUUACCUGUCGCGUAUAUAAGUCCUGUCUGCGUGUCACUCCUGUCGGAUCGUUGAUGUAUUUAUGUCUCACGUCUUUGUCGGUCAGUUCCGUUUCUGUUAACCAGUCUGUCGGUCAGUCCUGUUGUUGGUUUUGUUAGGAAGUUAUGUUAGUUUGCCGGUUCUGUUGGUUUGUCCCCUCAUCCUCUCUUCCAACUACCUUUUCCCUUCAAUAAACCCGGGUCCAAGCUGCAUUUGGUCGCCCUGCUCCAUUCCGAUCCGUGACAGCUGGCUUGUUUGGAAAAAUGUCAGAAGGAUGUCCAAAUCAGUGCUGUCGCUGCUGUUCCUGACACUGUCAGGACUGCAAGCUGCUCCCAUCGCACCUCUGAGAGGAUUGCCCAAGGCGUCAUCGCCCUUCGGGUUGUCUGAUGGGUCUCAACAGAACGACAUCAUCGGACAUGUUCCUGAUAGCUUUCAGCAAGGAACCGAGCCAUCCAAGCGAUUCUUUGACAACGGCCUGGUGCAGGACCACAUCAAUGAGAUGACAGCUUUGACCAACAACCUCCUUGAAGAGGGACUGGGAAAGGCGGAGGCAAAACACUGGCUUGCAGAUGAGGUCCCUAUGGAUGUGCCAGCGCAGAGGAAUGGAGGUGGUUGGGUUCGAGUUGAGGAACCCUCCCCUUCUUCUCGCCUUCCAGAUGGUUUUAGACAGGGAACAGAACCCUUCAUGUCAAUCCCAGAUGGUUUUAGACAGGGAACCGAACCUUCCAUUUCUAUUCCAGAUGGUUUCAAACAGGGAACGGAACCUUCCAUUUCUAUUCCAGAUGGUUUCAAACAGGGAACAGAACCUUCCAUUUCUAUCCCAGAUGGUUUUAGACAGGGAACUGAACCCUUCAUGUCGAUCCCAGCUGGCUUCAGACAGGGAACUGAACCAUUCAUGUCUUUGCCAAAAGGUUUCAGACAGGGAACAGAACCUACAAACCCUAUCAGGAGUGACUUUAAACUAGAAAUUGAGCCCUUUGCGUCUAUUCCAGACAGUUUCAGACAGGGGACCGAACCCAUCUUGAAGAUUCCAAAUGGUUUCAGACAGGGAACGGAACCUUCCAUGUCUAUCCCAGAUGGUUUCAGACAGGGAUCCGAACCCUUCUUGACAAUUCCAGAUGGUUUCAGACAGGGAACAGAACCUUCCAUGUCCGUCCCAGAUGGUUUCAGACAGGGAACCGAACCCUUCAUGUCCAUCCCAGAUAGUUUCAGACAGGGAACCGAACCCUUUAUGCCGAUCUCAGACGGUUUCAGACAGGGAACCCAACCCUUCAUGUCCAUCCCAGAUGGUUUCAGACAGGGAACUGAACCCUUCAUGUCGAUCCCAGCUGGUUUCAGACAAGGAACUGAACCUACAGACUCCAUCAGUCGUGGCUUAAGAGAGGAAGCUGACCGUUCCAUCUCCAGGCUCCAAAAACAGAGCUGUAACGGAGAGGUCAUUGAUGGAAAGUGCUACGAGUUCAACCCAACACCAUUGGCCUUCAAAGAAGCACAGGAUUUAUGUAAAGCUCGUAACCCAGACGCAGAGCUGGCAUCUGUUACAAGUGCCGACCUUCAUUCCCGCCUGGUUUCCAUGGUUACCAACGGCGGUGAGCGCAGCCCACAGUUGACGUGGUUGGGGGCCACGGUUAAGAACCAGCAGGCCUCAUGGCUCGAUGGCUCACAGAUGAAUUACAGUGACUGGAUGCCCGGUCAGCCCAACAUUCACACGGAAAAGCCUGUCUGCGUGGAGAUGUUCAAGAUAGAUGAAAGCUGGUGGACAGCUGCUGACUGCGAUCUGAGAAGAGCAUCCAUCUGCUCGUACCGAAUCGCUGCAUAAAAAUCCACACUGACAUCUUCCUCUUGGCAUUUCUUCAGAACACUAGCACAUUGUUAUGCUUAUUAAAACUAUAAAUGCAUCCUACACCUGUUUUCCUCUCUUCACAUUUCUGCAUAAGGCUUCAGAGUGAAACCGCCACACAUUAUGUUGACUUUUAGGUCUGAAUCCAGACAACACUUUAAUGAUCAUGUUUCAUUUGUGUGUUCACAAAGCAAGUAUGUACAGAUUAGGGAGCAAUUUUCAAACAAUUCCUUACAAUAUCAGUACCUGGAAAGUGCAAAAAGUACAUUUGAUAAACAGAAAUAAUAAAAAUCAUGCUGUACAUUACAUAUUUAUAUCGCAUUCAUAAAUAAUCACAGAUAUACAAAUAUGCAUUUGGCGAAAGUCACAGAAAAUGAUGCAGAUACAACACAGUUAAGUCACUUUGUCUCAGGAAUUUAAAAAAAUGAGAACCACCCUCAGAUAAAGGCACUCCGUUUGUCGGAAGUCUUGCAGCUCCAAUGUCAGUAUGAG